UUCACACCCACGCCGAGCCUCCUCCGGUGCCCCGCGGAGGCGACGGCAGCCCUGGGACUCAUCUCUGUUCCCGGUACCAGGGAGGGCGAAGGGCUGCCGGGGACCCGCUGGGGUGGCGGGGCCGGGAGCGGGGCGCCGGUAGGGUGGUCGGGACCCCAGCCGGGGCGGCCGCCGGCCCGGAGCAGCCUCAGUCCGCCCCGGGGGGCUGCGGAGCCCGGUGGUGGGGAGGGGACGGGGAAGACGCUGAAUCCCCCCCUGCCCCGGCGCACCGACGGGAGGUGGGAGGGGGCGCGGGCGGCUCGGUCCCGGCGGAGCCGCGCUCCGGCCCCGGGACGGCGCUGGCGGGGGGCACGGAGGUCUCUGCCUGGUGUCCCCCCGCCGGGGCGGGUGUGACCCCCGCGGGUCCUGCCGUGCCCUGCCGGGGUCGGUGUCAGGGGGCGCCCGGGGGCUCCGUCCCCUCCCCGGGACGGGGGCGGCGAGGCCCCGCCCCGCCCCUCCCGCGGGCGGGACCGGGACGGGCCCCGGCUGCGCCGCCUCCGCCAUCCGCCCGCCCGCCCUUCCUUCCUGCCGCCGGCAGCGCUAGCCCGGGGCUAGUCCCGGGUUUAGCCCCGCCGUCCCGCUCCCCGGCACGCUCCGGCUGCGGCUCCGUCCACGUCCCAGAGGCGGGCGGGACCCCGGGGCCCCGGGGGAGCCGUGGGAUUCGGGGUGGCCGCCGGUGCUGACCCCGUCCGCCCGCCGUGGCAGGGCGGCGUGCCCGAGGGAGCGCAGGAUGUCCCGGCCGCCCUCCUUCACCCUCCGCGUCUCUGAGGACACCGGGAGCGAUGGCCAGGAGCCGAGCCCGGACAACGAGGGAGCCCUGCACACGUCCUUCCACCAGCUCAUCCUGGAGCAGAGCAGCUUGGUGGAGGCGGGGCUGGAGCUGGAGAUGCAGGCGAGGGGCAGAGAGCACCCGUCACAUCUGGCUUCCCCAGACGCCUGUGCCACGGCCUGGCUGGAGCCCGGGCAGGGCGAGCAGCACCCUGGCUACUCCUCCACCACCCUGCGGAUCCUCGCUAGCAUGCCCAGCCGCACCAUCGGCCGCAGCCGCGGGGCCAUCAUCUCCCAGUACUACAACCGCACGUCCCGGCUGCGGCGCCGGAGCAGCCGCCCGCCUCUGCAGCAGCUCUGCCGCGCGGCACGGCCCAGCCUGCGGCAGUAUGACCUGGAGACUGACCCUGCCAUGGCCACACUGGAAGACAAGCGCAGCCUGCUGGUGAAGGAGCUGCUGAGCCUCUCGCCCAGCCAGCGCAGCCACAUGCUGCUCACUGUGCCCCUCAACCUGGCAGAGAAACGCACCCUCCGGUGGGAGCUGAGCGGGCAGAGGGGCCCCUUGCAGCAGCACGCCCAGCACCGGGCAUCCUCUUCUCCCUGCGGCCGGUCCAAGGACUACAUUGUCCUCCCCUGGCACUACGCCCUGAAGCAGAUCGGCGGCCGCUUUGGUUCCAGUGUCCUCUCCUACUUCAUCUUCCUCAAGACACUCCUGAUGUUCAACAUCUUUUCACUCCUCAUCCUCUUGGUCUUUGUGGUGGCCCUGCAGGCUGCGUAUCCCCCUGCCUCGGUCAACCCCCAGCCCUUCACCGGCCUCGAGCUCCUCACAGGAGCGGGCUACUUCACUCACUCGCUGCUGUACUACGGCUACUACAGCAACAUCACACUUAAUGACCCCUGCGCCUCCAGCCCCGACAGCAGCGUGUGCCCCCUUGCAGCCCCCCUGCUCCCAUACAACAUGCCGCUGGCGUACGUGUUCAGCGUUGGUGUCUCCUUCCUCAUCACCUGCAUCCUGCUGGUGUACAGCAUGUCCCGCUCCUUCGGGGAGAGCUACCGCGUGGGCAGCUCCAUGGGCAACCUGGCUGUCAAAGUCUUCUGUGCCUGGGACUUCAAGGUGAUCCAGAGGCGCUCGGUGAAGCUGCAGUGUGAGAACAUCCGCACCCAGCUGAAGGAGCUGCUGGCGGAGCAGCGUUCCCGCUCCCGCUCCCUGAGCCUCUGCCAGCGCCUGCGACACACGGCUGUGCUGUUCCUGGCCUGGGCCCUCUCGCUGAGCACGGUGCUGGGCUGCGUGUUGGCUGUGCGCUACUUCUCGGAGCACAUGCACACGGUUCAUCAGGACCACCGCGCGCGGGGCAGUGGCGAGCGGCAGCAGGAAGCCGUCCUGCUGGUCCUGCCCCUCGUGGUGUCCCUCCUCAACGCGCUGAUGCCCCACCUGUACAACUUGCUGGCCAUGUGGGAGAAGCAGGAGUCCCCCGUGGUAGAGGUCUACGUGGCGAUCUGCAGGAACCUCAUUCUGAAGAUGGUGGUCCUUGGCCUGCUCUGCUACCAGUGGCUCAGCCGGAGAGUCGUCUGCUCGACAGAGGAGUGCUGGGAGACGUGUGUGGGGCAGGACCUGUAUCGCUUUGUGGUGAUGGAUUUCAUAUUCACCCUGCUGGACACGCUCUUCGGGGAGCUGAUCUGGAGGCUGAUCUUGGAGAAGAGGCUGAAGAGGAAGCAGAGACCUGAGUUUGACAUUGCCCGAAACGUGCUGGAGCUGAUCUACGGGCAGACCCUGACCUGGCUGGGUGUUCUCUUCGCUCCGCUCCUGCCGGCUGUGCAGACACUGAAGCUCGUGCUGCUGUUCUAUAUCAAAAAGACCAGCUUGAUGCAGAACUGCCAGUCCCCCAGCAAGCCCUGGCAAGCGUCUCACAUGAGCACCGUCUUCAUCAGCCUGCUGUGCUUCCCGUCCUUCCUGGGUGCAGCCAUCUUCCUCUCCUACACCAUCUGGUCGGUGCGGCCAUCAGAAACCUGCGGUCCCUUCCAGGGGCUGGAAACCAUCUACAAAUCAGGGAAGACCUGGGUGCAAUUGCUGGAGAAGUCCAACCCGAACAUCACCUGGUUUGCCUGGGUCCACCAGUACUUGGUGGAGAACACCUCCCUCCUGUUCUUCGUGUCCGGGGUCUUGCUAGCUGUGAUCUACUUCAACAUCCAGGUGGUGAGAGGCCAGCGGAGGAUCAUCCGCCUGCUGAAGGAGCAGAUCGCCAACGAGGGGGAAGAUAAAAUAUUUCUCAUUCAGAAGCUUCACUCCAUUUACGAGCAGAGGGAGAGACGCGCCUGAGUCCCAGUGUCACAGUCCCCAGGAAGGAGUGGGACAGGACAGGACUCUGCUCACAGCCAGGGACGGGAUCAGCCCCUUUCUAAGCCAUGGCGGCGCGGUGCUGGAGGCAGCGGGGCCGUGGGGUGCCGGGGAAGAUCCUCUCCUCCGGGAUGCAGCAGCCAAGGACCCAUUGUAGCACCGGGACGCGCCUCAGCUCUGCAGGGACACUGCGGCACAGGGAUGUGGGUGCUCCCACGGCCCGGAGCCACUGGGGCUGCGGCAGGCACAGCAGGACCAGGGCCGGGACUGCCAUCGCGCCCCAGGGCACAGCUCCACCCGGGGCUGGCUUGCCAGCAGAGCCCUUCUCCGUGGGCGUUAGCAGAGAACAGCUCUUCCCCCUGCCAACACCAGAACAGCUUUGGGCUGUUUUCAGAAGCCUUUGGGGACAGUGAAGAUUUCUGGCUGGAGAGAACCUGCGUCCCCCUCUGCGCUGCCCAGGGACGGCUGCCAGGCACCGACCCAGCUCCCGCCCCGUGUCUGGCUCGCCUGGAGGAGAGCAACUGGCCAACACCCCCAUGAAUGAGGCCACUUGGCCCCCCCCGGGCCAGGCAGCCCUCUGGCACACUGCAACUGCCAGGACGGGCACAGGAAAACCACCACGGUGCUGAGGGCUGGGCAGAGGAACCCCAGCCGCAGGCUCACCGGGCCCAUUAAAGCGUAGCUGCACAGGAGCCCUUCCAGCCUUUGGACCUGUCGGGCUAGAAGCGGGCAAGUGGGUUUGGUGCGUCAAUGUUCGUUAGAGGUGGUGACUCAUCAGCCAGGACAGGGUGUGCUCAGGCUCCUCACCCCUGCCACUCGGGCUGCCCUGGGAACACCUCAGCUCAGCCCACACCGUGGGAGCAAGGACCAGUGCCACCUCAUCGCGUACGGCCCCGGGAGCCACUUGCCAUCGCGGUGUGGUGUCCCUAGCCCCGGGAGCCACUCGCCAUCGUGGUGUGGUGUCCCUAGCCCUGGGAGCCACUCGCCAUCGUGGUGUGGUGUCCCUAGCCCUGGGAGCCACUCGCCAUCGCGGUGUGGUGUCCCUAGCCCCGGGAGCCACUCGCCAUCGUGGUGCCAUGCCUGCAGCCCCAGGAGCUGUUUUCCACCCCGGCACACCGACAGCAGCCCCCAGCCCCGGAAAGCCGGCUGCCCCCGUGGCAUGGCACCCAUAGAGCCAGGGCAGGUUGUGCCGUGGCGUGUACCAGGCCCCUGCAGCCACAACUACCCCCUGACUUGGCACUCGCACUGACGAGUGCCACAGCUGCCCGCACGGCAGCGUGCCGGGCUGGGCUCUCCGUGCCGGCACAGACAGGAGUCCACAGACCCAGCCGUUCUCUGGGCCUGAGCAGUGCUGGGGACUGCGGUUCAUGAGAUGUCCCUGCCUGAGGCACUCCUGCGGCU